UAGUCUUUUGAGACAAGAGAUGGGAAUUCCACAGUGGUCCAGUGGUUAAGACUCCAUGCUUCCACUACGUGCUCAGUUCAAUUCUUGGUCUGGAAAUUAAGAUCUGGCAUGCCAUGCUGUGCAGCCAAAAAAGGAGAGAGAUCCCUUUCUUCUGCGGCCACUAAGGUGCUUGGUCCUUCCGAGAAUCCAAGGCCAUUUUGGGGUGAGGCCCUCACUUCAUCUGGAGACUGGCACCGAGCCAGCAGCCCCACCGAGCACUCACCCGCACCAUGGCCUCUGUCUCGGAGCAUCCUUGCACCUACUCGGCCCUCAUUCUGCCCAGUGAGGUGAUGGCUUUGGCCAGUGUCAGCAUCGGCAGCUUCACCUGCCAUGUGGGGGCUGGUGGACCUGUCCCGACAGCAGGAGCUGCACCACCAGAAAGUCCUGCCCCCUCCACCACUGCUGCCCAAUCUGAGGAGAAGAAAGUAGAAACAAAGAAAAAAGAAUAUGAAGACCCUGAUGAUGAGAUGAGCUUUGCUCUUUUUGACUAA